AUGGCUUCCCACCACAGUAUGAUGUCUCGCGGAUCGGCAAACCAGGGAAGAAAGAAAGUUCAGGUGUCAUUUGUAAUUCGUGACGAGGUUGAGCGUCAUCACAGAUCAGGAGUUAAUGCCCUUCAGUUUGACCCUGUCAGUAGUAGACUCUACUCGGCUGGCAGAGAUUCUAUUAUACGGAUAUGGAACACAAAAACAAACAAGGACCCAUACAUACAGUCCAUGGAGCACCACACAGACUGGGUUAAUGACAUUGUACUGUGUUGUAAUGGCAGAACAUUAAUAUCGGCUUCGAGUGAUACAACAGUCAAAGUGUGGAAUGCACACAAGGGCUUCUGUAUGUCAACAUUACGCACACAUAAGGACUACGUAAAAGCUUUAGCAUAUGCCAAAGACCGUGAACAGGUGGCCUCCGCAGGACUGGACAGGGCCAUCUUCUUGUGGGAUGUGAACACAUUGACCGCUUUGACAGCCUCCAAUAACACAGUAACAACGUCCAGUCUAAAUGGCAACAAGGAUUCCAUCUACAGCCUGGCGAUGAAUCAGCCAGGGACGGUGAUCGUGUCCGGACCACGGAAAAGGUUGAUCCGUGUUUGGGAUCCGCGCACAUGUCAGAAACAGAUGAAACUCAAAGGUCAUGCAGACAAUGUGACACUGGUGCUCAACAGAGAUGGCACACAGUGUUUGUCUGGCAGUUCAGAUGGCACUAUCCGGCUGUCUCUAGGGCAGCAGAGGUGUGUGGCGACAUUACGGGUGCACGAUGAGGGAGUCUGGGCACUACAGGCAAACGAGUCGUUCACAACGGUGUACUCAUCUGGUCGAGAUCGUCGAGUGUGGAGCACAGACGUGAGGAACCCAGACACGUGCGUCUUGCUCUGUGAGGAAACACCUGUACUCAGGCUUGAAUUGUCUCAGACUGAAACGUCUUUAUGGGUGGCCACAACCGAUUCCUCCAUCAGGAACUGGGUGAGUCCAGAAUUCACGAGGAAUUCCCGAGUGUCUGGUGACUAUGACAACGAAAAGCCACUCCCCACAUGUACACAGCCAGAUUUUACAAUUAAAGGUGGUGCCAGUAUUCGGCAGUACUAUGUUCUAAACGACAAGAGAAUGAUCCUAACUAAAGACACAGAUGACAAUGUGGCCAUGUGGGACGUCUUGACAGCCAGAAAAGUUGAAGAUCUAGGAAAAGUUGAUUUUGAAGAUCAAAUAAAGUCAAAGUUUAAGAUGAUUUAUGUCCCAAACUGGUUCUCUGUUGACCUAAAAACAGGAAUGUUAACGAUACACCUGGAGGAGAGUGACUGUUUUGCUGCUUGGAUGUCUGCCAAGGAGAUGGGGAUAGGCCCACCCUGUGAGGGACCAGACACCAAAUUGAAUAUUGGCGGAGCACUAUUGCAGGCGUUGUUAGAACACUGGCCCAAAACACAGACUGAUGACAUACCAGCAGCAGAAAAUGGAGACAUGAAUGGCUUGCCAGAAUCAGAAAGAAGAAGCAGCAAUGUCUACUUCAGUGUUCCUGGACACACACCAGUCAUUUUCAGUGAGGUAGGGGGCAGGACAUUGUUCCGACUGUUGUGUCGAGACGCAGGGGGUGAGACAGAACAGCUGCUCCUGAACGAGACAGUGCCAGGUUUUGUCCUCGAUGUUGUUGUCCAUAAACACACACCUAAAUUCAACAAGAUUCCUUUCUUCUUACAACCUCAUCUGAGUACAGGCUACAAACAGUUGAAAAAGGACAGAUUGUCUGCCAGUGAUAUGAUUCAGGUCAGAAAGGUCAUCGAGCAUGUGUAUGAGAAGGUCAUGGGUCAAGGGUCUGAUGCAGGAUCACAGUCAGCCAAUAGUAACAGCCAGGAGAAAAGUGAACAGGAGAAAGAAGAAGAUUUAUCCUCCAUUGCUGAGGAGAAAGUGGAACUGCUCUGUAAUGACCAGGUGCUUGAUCCUAAUAUGGACCUACGGACUGUGAAGCAUUUUAUCUGGAAGCAGGGUGGUGAUCUUACAUUGAACUAUCGACCAAUCACUAAGUGAAGAGAGUCGACACCGUAUCCAGUGAUCUUAAUCCAAACGUGACACAGAGUUGUCUCCCUUCCCCGGAGACCAGCCAUGUGUUUGGUGGAGCUGCAUUAGCCCAGUUGAACAUGUGGUGAUACUGUGCCAUUGCCAUGUGAUUUUUGUACAGCUCGUUGCAAUGAAGAGAAAUGAUAUGGCUUAGCUGUAUCCAGAACACACCAAGUGGCUCUAAUUAUGGACUCUGCCAUUAACCUUUUCAGAUGAGCUUUCUGUAUGCGUAUCACCUGUAGUGCAGUAUUUCAUGUCAUAAGAUAUUUUGUGUCAUAACACAUGAAGGGCCUUCGGGCCGAGUCUAUGGGAAUUUGCCUGUGAUGACUUGGGAUGGAAUUUCAGUAGUGCAUUCAGCUAAUAAAAGAUUUGGAGUGUGCGAAAAAAAAAAAGAAAAAGAUGGAAUACUGUAACAGUCUGAUCUGAAUAAAUCAAUAAUUUCAGAUGCUGAAAUUGGAUUGGAUUUAAAUUGGAUUUCAGAUUCACUUGUUACUUCAGGUACCAGGUAUUGUGAAGAAAUCUCAAUUAAUACUCCUCAGUUUCAAUUUAUCGAUUGUGCGACUGAAGUGGAAUGUAAACAUGAAAACGAAGGCAGUCAUUUGCUCAUUUUCUGUGUGGGUGGCUCUUGUUUUAACCAGCCAUUUUAAUUCGGAAAUGCUAAAAAUGUCAAAUUAUGCGUAUAAUGUAUAGUUUCA